CCAUUUAUAAACAACUGUUACUUAGUCAUGAGACACUCGUGAGAAAAUGUUUUUUGUGUUUGAAUAACUAACACACAAAAACACUAUUAACACUUAGGUGAAAUAGUAUUAGGUGAAACAUCUAUACAGUGAUUACUAGCAUUUCACAGAAAGACCAGUAUGCAUGAGUCAGACUUCUGCUGCUGGGUUGGGGCUGGUAAAAGUCAUUUUGCCAACAUAUUGGUGUUUCUUUUCUAAGUGACUGGAAAGUGUAGCAAUGAUGGAAUAAUGUCAUGACUCACAUGGAAACUGUCAUAGAGAUAAGAUAAAGAUUUAUUAUUCCACUGUAAGUUACAGUGUUGUAUUUCAUGUAAAGGCAGCUCAACAUAUGUUUAGAUUAGAUUUAGAUUUAUUUUACAAGAAUUUAUUACACUCACUGUGGUGUUGUCUUCCUACCUCUAAUUGUCCGGUGACUUAUUAUGGAAACAAUUGUACUUUUCUGAUGACCAACUCAACUCUACAGCCACACCUUCAUUUCUCACUGCUGCUACAGUUUAUUGCAGCAUUGCAGCUUUAAAAGGCUGAGUGCCCUCCUCCUGGGUAAGUGCACCUAACCACGCUCUCAACACACACUCAUAUUUGUUCACUACAUGGAAAUGGAAGACCAAAUGGAGAGCCAGAAGAGACGAGGAAUUAGCAAAGAAGACUUAAUAUCUGAACGCACAGGGUCUUUGGGAUGCUGUGGCUGGGUCAUUGUCAUACUCUCUGGCUUGUUCACAAUUUGCCUUUUCCCCUUCACAAUUUGGUUUUGUCUGAAGAUUGUCCAAGAGUAUGAGCGUGCUGUUAUUUUCAGGCUGGGCCGCAUCACAGACAGGAAAGCAAAAGGACCAGGUAUUUUCUUCAUUUUGCCAUGCACUGACUCCUUUGUGAAAGUGGAUCUUAGAACAGUUUCAUUCGACAUCCCACCACAAGAGAUCCUGACAAAGGACUCAGUCACAGUCUCUGUAGAUGGAGUGGUGUACUUCCGGGUCAAUGAUCCCAUCGCUUCUGUGGCCAAUGUUUCUAACGCUGACUUUGCCACGCGCUUGCUGGCACAAACCACACUCAGAAAUGUCCUGGGGACCAAGAACCUGGCUGAGGUCCUGUCUGACCGUGAGGGCAUCGCACACAGCAUGCAGUCUAACCUGGAUGAAGCCACAGACAACUGGGGCAUCAAAGUGGAGCGUGUGGAAAUUAAAGAUGUGAAGCUGCCAGUUCAGCUGCAGAGAGCCAUGGCUGCUGAAGCUGAGGCUGCACGGGAAGCCAGAGCCAAGGUGAUUGCAGCAGAAGGUGAGAUGAACGCCUCUCGUGCCCUGAAGGAGGCGUCUCUGGUGAUAGCGGAGUCUCCCUCAGCCCUGCAGCUUCGCUACCUGCAGACUCUAAAUACUAUUGCAGCCGAGAAGAACUCCACCAUCAUUUUCCCCCUGCCCAUGGAUGUCAUGUCUCACUUUAUGCGAAAGUGAGCUGCUGGCUUUCACAAUUAUUAGCAUCUCGGUUUAUACAUGAUCGCAAAAUAUUUUAUUGUAAAACAAACUGUGACAAUGCAACAUUUGUUUAGAGGUGUCAGGAAAACAUGUUUUUGUUUUUUUGUUUAAAUAAUCAAGCUUUGAUCAGGCCAAUCCUGCUAAUUAUACAAUAUUGCAUAUUCUUUGACAUACAUAUUCAAUUUAUCUUUAAUAUUAUUCUUUAAUCAAUGUAUUAAAUAUUAAGAGAGUUGUGAUUAAUCUAGAUAUUCUCUGUUAUACAUUAAAAAACAGGCUAAUCUCUAAUAUGCUGUAUACUAUACAAUACAACACGCAUCACAAUUAAACAGACUGUUUUUCUGCCACUUCACAGAAUGAUUCUGGUGAAUUUGCAGUAUGUUGUAAUAAAGUCUUUUAUCAAAAAGUC